AUGUUUCUCAUUUGCUCAGAAGGUCUUUCUAUACUUUUGCAAUAUGAAGAGGUUGUUGGGAGGUUGAAAUUAUUGGCUAUCUCAAGAACUGCUCCUACAAUUACACACUUACUCUUUGCAGAUGAUAGCCUGUUGUUCUGCCAAGCCAAUGAUAGGUCUUGUGGUGCUAUCAAAAGAGCUUUGGAUAUAUACCAUCGGGCUUUUGGACAACUCCUUAAUGAAGAUAAAUCGGUUAUGUCCUUCUCUCCAAAUACAACUAACAAUAUUAAACAUUCCUCCACUCAGAUUUUAGGUAUGUCUAUUAGUAAAUGCCAUGAGAAAUAUUUGGGGCUUCCUGCUUACUCUGAGCAAAACAAAAGUCAGUUGUUUGCUGAUAUUAAGGAUCGAAUUUGGAAAAUGUUGCAUGCUUGGAAUGAUAAACUAUUUUCCAUUGGGGGAAAAGAAGUGUUACUUAAAGCGGUGGUCAAAUCCAUUCCAACAUAUGCUAUGAGUUGCUUUAAGCUUUCAACCAAAUUCUGUAAGGAUAUAGACACAAUGAUGGCUCAGUUUGGUGGGGUACAACUUAUGAUAAGAAGCGCACUCACUGGAAGAAAUGGAAAUUUCUUUGCACUUCAAAAUUGGAAGGGGGUAGGAUCGGGCUCUCACAUUCGAACUGCUACUGAUCCGUGGAUUCUAGCACAAAACAUCUUCACACCAGUAAUGUUUACUGGUUUACCAGAUUCUCGAUCCAGAUAUCAGCUUGCAUACUCCUUAGCCGCUCAAGAAAACACAACAAGUUCUGAGUGUCAUGCAACCUGGUGGAAAUAUUUUUGGAGUUUAAAGUUACCUUCUAAGGUUAAGAUAUUUGCUUGGAGAGUUUUUCAUCACUCUAUACCAGUGGCUGCCAGUUUAGUUCAGAGGAAAAUAAUUGAUUCUAGCUCUUGUAGCUUAUGUACAUGUGCAUGGGAAUCGGUUGGACAUGCGCUUUUCAGUUGCAAACACGCUAAAUUGGUUUGGCGUUUCUCUGAUUUUUCUUUUGAUUUAGCAGCAGCUAACAUAAUGACUGCAGGGGAUUUUUUGAUGCACUUGUCAAAGUUAUACACUAAAUCGGAGCUUGAACAAAUAAUAUGUUUAAUGUGGUCUAUUUGGUCGAAUAGAAACAGUGUUGUGCAUCAAAAAUCUUCCAAGAAACCGGCUGAUAUUUUUGCUAGUUCUAUGGCUUACCUCAGCCAUUUCAAUCAAGUCUCACAUACACCCUCCAUUGUCCUCAAGGAUCAUGUGCUGUUACUUUGA